AUGUGUAAGUAUAUUUGGGCUAUUGCAAAUCAGCAAGAAAGUUUGUGGUUGAGAUGGGUGCAUAGUGUAUAUAUCAAAAGAGAUUCUUGGUGGAGUUACAAAGCUUCUAUCCAUUCGAGCUGGUAUUGGAGGAAGCUUGCAGCUGUUAAGGAACCUCUGAAAACCAUCCAGAAUCCGAUUGAAUUCCAAGAGAAAAAAUAUGUGAUUGCUGAAGGUUAUGACUUACUCAAGCCAAAUCAUGAUAAAGUAGCUUGGAGCCGAGAGGUUUGGGCAAGACUAAACAUCCCCAAACAUAGUGUGAUACUUUGGUUGGCCAUGUUGAAUAGAUUAAAGACAAAGGAAAGGCUUGUCAAGUUUGGAAUUCAAAUUGAAAGUAGGUGUCGAUUAUGCAAUGCUCAUUCAGAGAACACACAACACCUAUUUUUCAACUGCUCCUUUCCUGAAAAGUGCUUACAAGCAGCCAAAAAUUGGCUGGUGUGGGGCACGGCUGCUAAUGAGCUUCCCUUGAUCUUGAGAUGGAUUAGGAAAGCUAAAAUAAGUAAGUUUAGAAAGAAUGUAUUGGCAGCUGUAAUUGUAGGUCUGGUGUACAGAAUUUGGGAGGCUAGAAACAAGCUUGAAUGGCAAAAUGAGCAGCCGAAGAGUGAUGGAGGUUGUUCGGUGGAGAAUCAAAACUCGGGUGACUAUGUUUUUGCCUAA